AUUCUCGAGUUCAUACGGAUUUUUUUCGCAUACGUAUAGAUUCACAUGAAAAAUUUCGUAUUGUUAUGAGCUGCGUCGUUGGUCAACAUUUAAAAGUUAAAUACAAAACCGUCAAUUCUCAUGCGAAAGUUGAUCGUACGAACUCCAGAAUCGGAUCCCUGCCAUGAUCCUGAAUCCAAAAAAGAAACGAGUGGAAAUGGAAGUCUAACUUGGUAUUUCCGAGUAUUGGAGUUUUGUAUAUUUUGAAAGUAAAGUUUAUUGUGUCAAUAAUUAUAAUGGUUGUGGUACAAAUUAUGACACCAGAAGAGUACAAAAGACGUGCCUCUAAAUUGAAUGUAUCGUAUACAUAUUGCAACACUCCUUUUGGGAAAUGCUUACUUGGGACAAUCGAUGAAGCCGUGUGUCAUUUAUCUUUUGUCAUAAAAAAUGACAACACAUCUUUGGAGUAUUUUCAACACCUAUGGCCAGGGGCACAGAUUGCAAAAGAAUCAACGAAAUUGAAAAGUAUCGUUCAAGACAUUUUUCCACAAGACACGAAACUUCCCGAUGAUUCUGUUCGCAUACUAUUAAGGGGGACUGAAUUUCAAAUUGCUGUUUGGAAAGCUUUAAUUGCCUUACCAACGGGUUCGACGACUGUUUAUGAAGAAAUUGCAGCGUCCAUAGGAAAACCAAAGGCAGUUAGAGCAGCUGCAAAUGCUAUUGCGUUUAAUCAAAUUGCGUAUUUAGUACCUUGUCAUCGAGUAAUGGGAAAAUCUGGUAGUAAUAAGUAUGCUUGGGGUAUAGAAGUAAAAAAUAAUAUUUUAAAAUAUGAGACUAAAUGUCUAGAAUGGUGUGAUAAGGUUCCUGAAUGAUUGUUAUACUCCAAACUUCCAAGAGGAUUUUAUAAUGAAUAUAUACUUUUGUCUAAGAAAUACAAUGAAAAUAAACUAAUUUUUUAGCAUCA